AUGAAAUACAAUUUCAUUCUUCAAUCAUCUUUACCAGGUUCAUCAUGGAUUAGUCUAAGUUAUCGAAUGAAAAUACCUAUACCAAAAUCGACUCUAUUAUCAUUAUUUCCACCUAAUAUUCAACAAGAUCAAAUUGAUUCUCGUUCAAUAUUUACCAUCAACACAAUCAUUUACAACGCCAACAUCACAAGAACAACAACAAAUAUACGACCACGUUUAUCAAUUGCACCAACAACAUCUCCAAUAGGUUCAUCAAAUGUAAUUGCAACUGAAAAAGAAAUAUGUCUUAGAUUUAUUGGAGCAUUUAAUAUACUUUUAACACCACUUAUGCUUGAAUAUUUAACAAUAUAUAUUGAAAAAUUGAAAACAUAUGAUAUACAUCCAAUAUUAAUUCUUGAUGGUCUUCAUUUUCAAGCUCAAACACAAUCAAAUCUAUCAAUACCAUUAAAAACACCAAUUGUUUUAUCAACAACAAAAAUAUCUUUACAAUUACUAAAAAUAAAUGUUUAUUUAUUACAAACUGGUUUAGCUGAAGAUAAUGUUCAAUUAACUGAAUUAUGA